GGUUGAACCGGGCCGAUCUUUCUUCAAAGGCUUUAUUUACAAGAAAGAAAAAACAAGACAUUCCUCUCUCCCACCCGAAUACCCGAUUCCUCGAACUCAUAAACCCUAACCUCCUCAAUCCGACACCAAAGCAGCAGAUCACGACGACGAGAUUGUUCAACAAUGGAUCAUCGUCCCCAAUCUUCCAAUGAUGGAAACGCCAACCAAGACCAACAGAAUCGCCGGCUAUACAACCCUUACCAAGAUCUGCAAAUCCCAACACAGGCCUAUUUUCAGCUCCCUACGGCCCCCGAGUUUCUCUUUCAGGAAGAAGCCCGCGCGCAGCGCCGAUCUUGGGGUGAAAACAUCACCUACUACACCGGAAUCGGGUAUCUCGGUGGAGCCACCGUCGGUGCCGGUAAAGGAUUAGUGGACGGCGUCCGAGCUUCUGAGCCAGGCGAGUCGAUGAAACUCCGGGUCAAUAGAAUCUUGAACGGGUGGGGUCACGCGGGGAGGAAAUUUGGGAACCGUGCUGGUGUGGUUGGGCUGCUUUAUGCUGGGAUGGAGAGCGGAUUGGUCGCUCUGAGAGAUACCGAUGACAUCAUCAACAGUGUGGCGGCUGGAUUGGGAACUGGCGCGCUGUACAGAGCUGCAUCGGGCGUGAGGUCGGCCGCUGUGGCCGGAGUUAUUGGCGGCAUGGUGGUCGGACUGGGAGUUACCGCGAAACAGGCAAUGAAACGUUACGUCCCCAUCUGAGUGUCAUGCUUGUUCUGUUUCUUGGUGGUGUGUGUGAUGAUCCUUCUUAUUUGUUGCCCUCUGUUUUGGUAGAACUAGACAAAAUUUUGGUCAUAAAUUUGCAGAAUUGUUUUCUCUUUUCAUAUUGAAUGGAUCAACCAUGUAGCUUGGGAGUGAAAGCUGCAACCUUUACCAGAAAUUCAUCUGUGAUGUAAUGGAAUUUAACUGCAAAUGCUUUAUAAUAUUAUGUUUAUUGCAGAACAUUAUAAGGUUAUUUUGUCUUAGUGGCAAGUUGAGAUAAAUUACCUGAUCAACAAGUGCGUUAAUAAUAUCUUUCUAAUAUC